UUCUAAAUGUCAGUUCACUCGUCCAUCGUCGUUACGUUUCGUUGACUUGACUUCGUUGUUAGCCGAAUGGAAUGGCCGAUAUGAAUGUCGACUCAGUACUGCGUGCGCAAUAAAUGGUGAUGUGAAUUUGGGUGGUAAAGAAUCGUAGAGUGAACAUCAUGUUUGAAAGUUGUAGUUAAUUUGACAGUAUCCAUUCCUGUGACGUUGUGCAAUAUAAUUUCCGAGUGUUGUGUAGUUUUUAUCGCAGAAUAAACGUUGGUCUAUCGCUAGAGUCAGCUGUGGACAACUAAGUAAUUUACAGAAUUCUAGUGAAUAUAUUACCUACGAUGUGUUCCAUGUUGGACUAGUGGUAAAUAAAGAGAAGCUUACGCAUAAUUAAACUUGACCGGUUUUAUGUUGAUGCACGAGCACCACACGAGUCUAUACUACAUUGCGCGACAACCGCGCCGCCUAGCCGCACCUUAAAACGGCGGCGUGGCAGCGCAGGCUUAGGGUGUAGCGAGAUCGCGCACCCUGGAGCCGCCCAGGGUUCCACUGUUGAGGAGGGCGCGGCGACAGAAUGGAAGACGCCGGCAGCAACAAGCAGCGACAGGCCACGCGAGUCUUCAAGAAGAGCUCGCCAAAUGGCAAGAUCACCGUAUACUUAGGGAAAAGAGACUUCGUAGACCACAUCACACAUGUAGACCCGAUUGAUGGAGUUGUCCUAAUUGACCCAGAAUAUGUGAAGGACAGGAAGGUGUUUGGCCAUGUACUGGCCGCGUUCAGGUACGGCCGGGAGGACCUCGAUGUACUGGGGCUCACCUUCCGCAAGGACCUCUACUUGGCCGCUGAACAGAUAUACCCAGCGACGAACACAACAAAGCGGCCUCUGACGCGGCUGCAGGAGAGGCUGGUCCGCAAGCUAGGCGCGGCCGCGCAUCCCUUCUACUUCGAGCUGCCGCCGCACUGCCCCGCCUCCGUCACCCUGCAGCCCGCGCCCGGCGAGACAGGCAAGCCUUGCGGGGUAGACUACGAGCUGAAGGCGUUCGUGGCGGACUCCCAGGAUGACAAGCCACACAAGAGGAAUUCUGUGCGGUUAGCUAUCAGGAAGAUAAUGUAUGCGCCGAGCAAGCAAGGCGAGCAACCUUCCGUCGAAGUAUCCAAAGAAUUUAUGAUGAGCCCCAACAAACUGUAUCUGGAAGCUUCCCUAGAUAAGGAGUUAUACCACCACGGCGAGAACAUAGCAGUGAACGUACACAUAGCGAACAAUUCCAACCGGUCGGUGAAGCGUAUCAAGGUGUCCGUGCGCCAGUUCGCAGACAUCUGUCUCUUCUCGACCGCGCAGUACAAGUGCACCGUCGCUGAAACAGAGAGCGAGGAACCCAAAUCGAUGUCGGCGAGACUAUUUAAAUUCCCCUUUAUCGGGAUAUUCAAUAAGAAAGUAUCUAUGCAGUCCGUGGAGGGGUGUCCAGUGGGCCCCGGGUUCACCCUGAGCAAGGUGUUCACGGUGACACCACUGCUGGCCAACAACAAGGACAAGUGGGGCCUCGCACUCGACGGACAGCUCAAACACGAGGACACCAACCUCGCGUCCAGCACGCUCAUUGCCGAUCCAUCGCAACGAGAAAAUUUAGGCAUCAUAGUGCAGUAUAAAGUCAAAGUGAAAUUAUGUCUCGGACCUCUCGGCGGGGACUUGAGUGCGGAGCUGCCGUUCAUUCUGAUGCAUCCCAAACCCGAGGAAGAGCCGCGCGCCGCCCCCGACGCCCCGCGCGUACAAGACCAUGACCUCAUUCAGCUAGAUCCACAUCCCGACGAGAACGGUCAAGAGCAAGAUGACGACAUAAUAUUCGAGGACUUCGCGCGGCUCCGACUGAAGGGUGCUGACGCGGAUGCCUGAGAUUCAGCUUCACCCACGGGGCGCGCGACUCCACCGGUUCUCUCACAGAUUGCCACCGGGCCGUCGCCUCCGAUAAAGCGGUCGUCUGUAACGCCGCCUCUUUCAACACCCAGACCUCUCUCGAUACCUUGGCCUUACGCGAUACCCCGACUUGUUUCAUCCAACAGUCCUUCUUCGGCUACUCGGCUGCCAUCAGAACCACAACCUCUGUCAACACCGCUAUCUUCGUCAACACCCCAAUCUUCGUCAACACCCCGAUCUUCGUCAACAUCCCGACCACCUUCCACUUCACCAGAAUCUAUCCCGAGAUCACAAUCUCCACCAUCCCAAUUUUUUUAUAUACCCCAACCAAUACCUCAACCAGAAUUGUCUUUUUCGCCCAGUUUCAUGAUUUCAACGUUAGUUCCAUUUCUAUUGCUGGUGGUGGCAUGGUAUGAUUACUUUAUUUCUGACCACUUGGAACAGCCACCACCACGCGAGCUAGUAGAAGAUGUCAUGGCAUACGUCACAACCCAAGCACGCUCGUUGCCGCAGAUAACAAGACCUUACCCCAUCCGCAUCCGGCGGCUAAGGCACGGCUGGGUACAGAUUGGAGAUUAGUCCGGGCCGGCACAACGGUCCAAGUAGUGGUCCAGGCCAACACAACGGUCCAAGUAGUGGUCCAGGCCAACACAACGGUCCAAAUAGUGGUCUAGGCCAACUCGCAAUCUGCUCUCAGCCGCAGCCACUGUUGCGCUCCUUAAAUUGGAUUCUGCGGCAAUGUCUGCAGGAUUUAGCCAAUGACUCCGUUUUGGAGUUAUUGAAUGAACCUUGAUAAUCCAUAUGCCCAUCUUGUGCAGGCUUGACACAAACUAUGGAAUCCUUACUAGUAAGACGUUAAACCAUGUAGUCUCUCCCCCUAGAAGCUCGUAAAACAAUUUAUGCCAAUUUGGUAGAUGUAUGUAAUGUUCCCGACAUUUUUUAUUAAUAGAGGCGAAACAAUAAUAAUUAAACAGAACAUAAAUCUCCAAAAACUCUCAAAACGUGAUUAUCGAAGGCUGUCAAACAACAGCCCUUAAUAUUUUAAGACGUCUAAUUGUCGUUUGUAACUCAUAAUUUUAUGUAUUAGUGUCGUAAAAUAAAAACGAACGGAAAGUAAAUGCAGUCUGUCCACGAACAUUCAAUCCCUGUACAGUGUAUAAGAAGUAUGUAUCGAGAGGAUUUGACUAUUCACCGUAUGGUAGUGUGCGUGUGUAUACAUACACACUCGCGCACGAACAAUUAGCGUUAUAUAAUGAAAAGUUUUAUAUUAUAUUCGAUGUAUAUUGUAUGUGAAGAUUUAUUUUAAUAGAUGUCUAUUGAUCAAAUAAGCGAGUACAAUAUAAUUAUUUGUCACUUUCAUUGGCCAUUGAUUUUUAGGAGUAGUACAAUGUUCGACGAAUGCAUUUAAUAGUGUAAAACGAGUGUUAUACCUCUUUAACGUAAUUUUACUUUUGGACGGUAGCGUUGUAUGUGUUAUUGUUGAAGUUAAUACAUUUAUGAGAUUGUGUGACUUUGUGACAGCAAACAUAGGCGCAGGGUUCACUGAUAUUGUAUCAAACGUGACUCACUCAGAAGUCGGGCGAGCCCUUUUGUAUGGCAGUUGUUGAUGUAAAAUGUAUUUAUUGUAAUUUUUAAACAGAAGCAAGCUCGUCCAAUUUCUAUCAACGAAAGAAUUGUCCCGGUUCCCUUCGAGAGUAAUUGAGGAGUGGCGGGCAGUAGUGUAUGUGUUGUCAAAUGUUCACAAAGUCACCGCAGUGAGGCGCUACUGUAGAGUUUGGUCUACACGACCUUCCUGUCAAUGUCCCACAGUGUUGCGAGUCUACCGUUUACCCUUAGAGUAUUUAGUUAGAUCUAUGUGUUAUAUAAAUUAGAGUGUUUCGUUUAUCAUGUAAAUAAAUAUAUUAUUAUUAUCAACGUAAUACGUUCUUUCAAUAACUGUGUUGGUCACGUAUUUCCAAAAAAAAUAAUGGAAAAAUGGGGAAAUAUACAUUUUGCAAUACGAUGAUAUGUAAUAACAACAUAGCUGUCUCAGCCUCUAAUUUGUAUGACACAGAAUAAUUGUCAGUUGCUUGUAAACUAACACACCUUUACCACUACGUGCAGCUGGACUACUGUGCUAAACUGAGCUCAUAGAAAUGGCUCACUUUUUGUAAAUACUAUUUAAAUAAUCGUUUCGGCAUGCUCCAUGGUUGAAACUAUACAAGCUGCUGUGUGAAUCGUACAAGUUACUAGCCUAAAGCGCCACCGCCCUGGGUUUUUCGUUUAACUUGCUAGCACAGUACAUCUGUCUUAGUUAAGUAACACAAUCAGUGGUAUAAUUUCAGGUCCAAAAUCCUUGUAAAAUAACAUUUUAUUGCCAGUAAGAUUAUUGCUUGCAUAUCUACAGACUAAUAAGAUGCAGCUCCAUUAUACUACCGAUGUAUAAAUAAAAGUUAACAAAUAAAUUAUCUAGAACUAUAAUUUAGUGUAUUUAUGUUAUAGGUUGACUCCGUCUGUGUAAUAGAUGGCGCGCUUGGCGUGACGUCACAGAUUAUAAAUACCUCAGGCCGCAGGCGUGAUCUUUGCGGGCUUAGUUUCCGGUUAUUACGUGCUUUGGGUUCAUAGUGAGGAAAUAGGCUCCGCCCUAUUUACUAAGACUAGUUUGUUGGGCAUGUAAUAAAACCUAUGUAUGCACCGGGAUAUGAGCAUGUGCGAUAAUAGAUGGCGUGGUAUAUAAUCUGUGGUGGCGCCCCCCAGCGGCAAGUACACACUAACGUCUUAUGAUAUUCGUUCUGUGACUAUGUACAUUAGUUUUGCUGUGUACAGUGUAAUAGUUAUGUAUAUUACGUGGCAUGUUUCAUUAUAUUCAUAAGUUUAAUGAUGCACAAAAGUAUUCUUCUCUUUAACGGGCCGUAAUUACAAAAAUCUAUUGUUUAAUAAACAGAAUAAACUGUUCUUGUUUGUAAGUUUAUUUUUUAAAUGUGUUAAAAAUUCAAUCCUCCAAUUAUGGAUUUAAACGGCUAGAUGAUAACUGUGCCCGUAGCGAGCCUCGGAUCUAACUGCUUGCUACUUACUAUCAGUUUAUUUUGACACAAAUAGACUUUGAAUGCAUUAAAUUAUUCGGUGUUUCGGUUACUAUCAAGUUGUAUUAUUUAUGUAUUUUAAAUGUAAGUAUUAAGUGAAAAUAACAAUAUGUAAUAUUGAUAGUAGGUGAACAAAAUAAAAAGACGAAACAGUGGAAUUUACAGCCAACAGGUAUAGCGUGGCCUAUGCAGUAUGCUGGCACAAUACUCUUAAGUACAAUUAGCCAAUUUUAAUAUACAUAAUUUAUACUAUUCAGAGGCUAAUUUUUACGUUAUCUUGCACAAGUAUAACCUACACGUUUUAUGAAAUGAACUUUUCUACUUGUCUACCACUUGGCUGUAAAGAUCUGUAUGAUAAAUAAAUACUUAGCUAGUGUCCGAUACCCAAAUGUAUGAUGUACGUGCCAGCCGUACUGAAACUGAGGAACAUUUACACUUUACACACAUUGAAAUAAGGAAAUUACAAGUUUAAUGGUUCAACUAUGGCUGGUACUACACUAUAAUCCUGUGCAGAAUUCAUUCAUUAAUGUCAAAUCGCACACGUUCUUUUUUUUAAUUUUACAUCGAAAUGUUUUUGAUGUAUACUUUUUUCAAUAAAUAAUAUGUAACCAAUCUAGUGUUUGUUAUUUCUU